AUGAGAAUCCCCAAAGAGGAGAAACUCUUCAGCCACUCUCAGAGUACGAGGAGGAACUUUGUCGAUCAAAAGAGGAGAACGAGCGACAACGUAAACUACUGGACGCUGUUACCAACUCUCAACUUGGGUUACACAGAGCAGAGCUCCAGUGUGGACCAGGAGGACCCAGAGCCUCCACACAUUAAAGGGGAACAGGAGGAACUCUGGAUCAGUCAGGAGGGAGAGCAGCUUCAAGGGCUGGAGGAGGGUGAUAUCACCAAGUUCACAUCCACUCCUGUCCCUGUGAAGAGUGAAGAUGAUGAAGAGAAACCUCAGUCCUCACAGCUUCAUCAAAGACACACUGAACAGAUGGAAACAGAAGCAGAGGGAGAAGACUGUGUAGGAGCAGAACCAGCCAGGAACUCAGAUCCAGAUACACAUUUACAAUCUGAGACUGAUGACAAGACUGGAGAGUCCUCUGAACCUGAGACUGAUGACAGUGAUGAUUGGACGGAGACCAGAGAACCUCAGUCAGGUUUAAAAUGUCUGAAAAACUUCCCUGUUAGUGAUUUGAUUGUUUGUGAGAAACGAUUUAGCUGCUCCGAGUGUGGGAAAAGAUUUGGUCGCAGUGAACAUCUGAAGAUACACAUGAGAUCUCAUACAGGAGAGAAACCAUUUAGCUGCUCUGAGUGCGGGAAAAGAUUUGGUCACAGCGGCAAUAUGAAGAAACACAUGAAAUCACAUACAGGAGAGAAACCAUUUAGUUGCUCUGAGUGUGGGAAAAGAUUUGGUCGCAAUGGAGAUCUGAACAGACACAUGAGAUUGCAUACAGGAGAGAAAUCAUUUGACUGUUCUGAGUGUGGGAAAAGAUUUGGAAAGAGUGGCGAUAUGAAGAAACACAUGAGAUCUCAUACAGGUGAAAAACCAUUUAGUUGCUCUGUGUGUGGGAAAAGAUUUGGUCGCAGUGGACAUCUGAAAAGACACAUGAAAUUGCAUACAGGGGAGAAACCAUUUAGUUCCUCUGAGUGUGGGAAAUGAUUUAGUCAAAGUGGAGUUCUGAGGGUACACAUCAGAUCUCAUACAGGAGGGAAACCAUUUAGUUGCUCUGAGCAGGAAGAGAUUUGGUUGCAGUAGAAAUUUAAAAAGACAGAGAUCGCAUACAGGAAAGAAACCAUUUCAUUGUUCUGUUUGUGGGAAAAGAUUUAGGCACAGUGAAGAUCGGAAUAGACACAUUAGAAAACUCUUUUAUUUGGAAAAAGACUUUAAAACAAAAAAAACAUGAGAACUCGUACAGGACAAACACUUUACAGCUUCAGUGUUUGUAUGAAAUCUUUUACACCAACUGGACAGUUACACAAAUACAUU